CCUCCCUGCUCGGUCUGUCACCCCGGAGACUGGGGAGCGGCGGACAGACAGACAGGCACCGGAAGCGGAAACGGAGUAUUGCUUGAGCCGGAGUCAUGGCUGACAUGAAGGAUGCGCUACUGUCUGUGCUGCCGACUAUCCGGGUCCCCCGGGCUGGAGACCGAGUGCACAAGGAUGAGUGCGCCUUCUCCUUCCACACACCGGAAUCAGACUGUGGUCUGUACAUCUGUAUGAACACAUUUCUGGGAUUUGGAAGACCAUUUGUAGAGCGUUACUUUAACAAGACCGGACAGAGAGCCUUCCUUCACUUCAAGCGAAUCCCUAAACCGAAAUCUGAUGACUCCAGUUCUAGUGGCGAUCCUCCCCGCAAGAAGCCAACACGUCUAGCAAUAGGAAUGGAGGGUGGAUUUGACAUGGCUGAGGAUCAGUGUGAAUAUGAGGAGAUGGUGAAGUUAGUUAUUCUACCAGAGUUCUUGGAGAUUCAGCGAGAAGAGCUGUUGGAGCUUCCAGAGAUGGUCAGGGAUCGGGUAACUUCUGCCAUUGAAGCCAUCUUAUCUGCUGACUCUGCAUCGCGUAAACAGGAGAUUCAGGCUUGGGAUGGGGAGGUGAGGCAGGUCUCAAAACAUGCAUUCAACCUUCCACAGCUUGAAGGACUUCCCCGGAUUCCUCCUUGUGGGUGGAAAUGCAGUGUGUGUGACCUUCGAGAGAAUCUCUGGCUCAAUCUCACAGACGGCUCCAUCCUGUGUGGAAGAAGAUACUUCGAUGGCAGUGGGGGAAAUAACCAUGCAGUGCAGCAUUAUCGUGAAACCGGCUACCCUCUGGCUGUCAAACUGGGCACAAUCACACCUGACGGGGCUGAUGUGUACUCUUAUGAUGAAGAUGAUAUGGUUUUGGACCCCAGUCUGGCAGAGCACCUUUCUCACUUUGGAAUUGACAUGAUGAAAAUGCAGAAGACUGACAAGACAAUGACUGAACUGGAAAUCGACAUGAAUCAGCGAAUUGGUGAAUGGGAACUAAUCCAGGAGUCAGGAGUUCAGCUACAGCCAUUAUAUGGACAUGGAUACACCGGGAUCCGCAAUCUGGGGAACAGCUGCUACCUGAACUCCACCAUGCAAGUUCUCUUCAGCAUCCCAGCCUUCCAGCAAAAAUAUGUCGAACGCAUGGAGCAGAUCUUCCAGAAGGCGCCCACUGAUCCAACACAGGAUUUCAACACCCAGGUAGCGAAGCUGGGAAAUGCCUUGUUAUCUGGCGAAUAUUCAAAGCCGGCUGUUGAACGAGAGGGUGAUGCAGCAUCGGAGCAGAAGGGCCUGCAGGACGGGAUCGCUCCGCGCAUGUUCAAAGCGUUGGUGGGAAAGGGACACCAAGAAUUUUCCACUAACCGACAGCAGGAUGCCCAGGAAUUCUUCCUCCAUUUCAUCAACAUGGUGGAGAGAAAUUGUCGAAGUUCAUCUAAUCCUAAUGAAGUAUUUCGGUUCCUGGUGGAAGAGAAGAUUAAAUGCCUGGUGUCUCAGAAGGUCAAGUACACUCAGAGAGUUGAGUACAUUCUGCAGCUUCCUGUCCCCAUGGAAGCUGCUCUGAACAAAGAGGAGUUAAGUAUUUAUGAGCAGAACAGACUCCAGGCCGAGCAAGAGCAUCGCCCCCCUCCUGAGCUGGUCCGUGCACGGAUCCCCUUCGCAUCCUGUCUGGAAGCGUUUGCUGCCCCUGAACAACUCGAUGAGUUCUGGAGUGCCGCCCUUCAAGCCAAAUCUAAUGCAUUGAAGACAUCCCGCUUUGCCUCAUUUCCAGAUUACUUGGUCAUUCAAAUUAAGAAGUUCACAUUUGGACUUGAUUGGGUUCCCAAAAAACUGGAUGUAUCUAUCGAUGCCCCAGAAGAACUGGAUCUGUCACAGUUUCGAGGUGGGGGGCUGCAAGGGGAUGAGGAAGAACUCCCAGACGUUGCCCCCCCACUAGUCACCCCAGAUGAGCCCAAAGGUAGCCUUGGUUUCUAUGGCAACGACGAUGACGACUCGUACUGCUCCCCUAACUUCUCCUCUCCGACAUCUCCAGUUCUGGAUGAAUCUGUGGUCACUCAGCUGGUAGAAAUGGGAUUUCCAGCAGAAGCAUGUCGUAAGGCUGUGUACUACACGGGUAACAGUGGAGCAGAGGCUGCCAUGACUUGGGUGAUGUCGCACAUGGAUGACCCAGAUUUUGCUCAUCCUUUAGUUGUAUCAGGGGUCAGUGCUCCAUCUUCAGUCAUUGUUGGUGGGGAUCCUCCCUCGGAAGAGCAUAUAGCGACCAUAAUAUCCAUGGGUUUCUCACAAGAACAGGCUGUUCGAGCACUACGUGCUACAAAUAAUAGUCUGGAACGUGCUGUUGAUUGGAUCUUCUCUCAUAUCGAUGAUCUGGAUGCCGAGGCAGCAAUGGAUAUGUCAGAAGGACGUUCAGCUGCAGAGUCUGUGUCUGAGAGUUUAGCAGCCGCCGGGCCUCGUGUGAGGGAUGGUGCAGGCAGAUAUGAAUUAUUUGCAUUCAUUAGUCACAUGGGGACCUCCACCAUGUGUGGCCAUUACGUUUGUCAUAUAAAGAAGGAAGGCAGGUGGGUGAUAUACAAUGAUCAGAAGGUUUGUGCAUCAGAAAAGCCUCCCAAAGACUUGGGAUAUAUUUACUUCUACCAACGUGUGCAGAGCUAAUGUAAUCCUUGCUUCUCAGUACGUGCCGGGAGGGAGAAAAGACCCCCAAUACCCCUUAUCGCAAGGGUUGAGGCUGGAGGUGCGGGGUGGGCAUAUUCAUGGUUUAUUUCAACAAGAUGUGGAGUCGUUCCCCCCCCUCCCCCACCAAACUGAUUCCCAAUCUGUUUUGGGGGCUGGUAUGUGUCACUGAAAUAGUCAGUGCACAGGGGGCGGGGCUUGGAGACCAGAGACAGAGGUUUGGACUGAAGUUUGGCUGUGCGUUAAAGGUUAAACCUCUGGUCCUGACUCCUUUGCGUGUAUUUAAUCCCAGACUGACCAGUGUGAAUAAAGUUUUUUUUCCCCAUCGCUUAAA